GCGCUCCUGUGUGUACGUCUGGUCCGUUUCUACCAAUGACGAUGUGAUGGACAAUAUGGCGCCGGGAGUAGAUUUAGCUUGUGAACCUGUCGUUGUCUAAAAGACUGGUAAUCCCACAGGAUGAACCUCUGCGCCCAAUACUUACGGCAGGCAGAGGCCCUGAAGGCUGACAUGACAGAUUCAAAGCUUGGUGCCGCAGAGGUCUGGACGUCAAGGCAGGCUCUUCAGGACUUGUACCAGAAAAUGCUGGUUACAGACCUGGAGUACGCCCUGGACAAGAAAGUGGAACAAGAUCUCUGGAACCAUGCUUUUAAGAAUCAAAUAACCACACUACAGAGUCAAGCUAAGAACAGGGCCAAUCCCAUUCGAAGUGAAGUUCAGGCCAAUCUCUCCCUGUUUCUUGAGGCAGCUAGUGGAUUCUACACACAACUGUUGCAGGAGCUGUGCACGGUGUUUAAUGUGGACUUGCCUUGCCGUGUGAAGUCAUCUCAGCUUGGCAUCAUCAGCAAUAAACAGAGCAGCACCAGUGCCAUAGUGAAGCCCCAACCCAGCUCCUGUGCCUACAUCUGCCAGCACUGUCUUGUCCAUCUUGGAGACAUUGCACGUUAUCGGAACCAAACCAGCCAGGCUGAGUCGUACUACAGACAUGCAGCUCAACUUGUUCCCUCAAAUGGUCAACCUUACAAUCAACUGGCCAUCCUGGCUUCCUCUAAAGGAGACCACCUCACAACAAUCUUCUACUACUGCAGAAGCAUUGCUGUCAAAUUCCCCUUUCCAGCUGCCUCCACCAACCUACAGAAAGCUCUUUCCAAGGCCCUAGAAAGCCGUGAUGAGGUCAAAACAAAAUGGAGCGUGUCUGAUUUUAUUAAGGCCUUCAUCAAGUUCCACGGCCAUGUUUAUUUCUGCAAAAGCCUGGAUAAGUUGAACACCCUGAGAGAGAAACUAGAGGAGCAGUUCCAGAGGCUGAUUUUGCAGAAAGCCUUCAGCUCCCAGCAGCUGGUCCACAUCACAGUGAUAAACCUUUUUGAACUGCACCACCUCCGAGACUUCAGCAAUGAGGCAGAUGAGCACAGCUACAGCUCGGAUGAGCAGAUCAGCUGGAUUCAGCUCCUCGGCCUCUUCAUGUCUUUCCUGGGUGUGAUGCUAAGCCGAGCUUUACUCAAUAAGAACCGAGAGGAGAUCAUGGGGGAGUGCCCUCUUCCUGCCAUCAAAGUGUCUCUGGACUGGCUGAGGCUUCGACCCAGUGUGUUUAAUGAAAGUGCUAUGGACAAGCAACAGUACAUCUGGCCAUGGCUGGUGUCCAUUCUGAACAGCUUUCAGCCUAAGGAGGAGGAUGUGUCAAAUGUGUCAGUGAUUCCACUUCCCGAGGAGUUUGAACUGCAGGGCUUUCUAGCCCUUCGGCCUGCUCUGCGAAUGCUGGACUUCUCUAAAGGGCAUCAGAGUAUCGUGGUUGGCAAAGAGAGCCUGUUAAUUCAUUCCCGACACCAGAGACUCAUCAGCGUAGGCAAGUGGGUGGCUGACAACCAACCACGGUUGAUCCAGUGUCGCAUAAGUGAUGGCCUUCUGCUCUUCAUCACUGAUAUCCCUGAGAUGGUAGUGGAAGAGCCAGAGGAAAAUGACUCACCUGUCCUCCAGGAGUCAUCUAAUGGUGAGCAGACCCCGAACGACAGCACCCAGGGCCUGAAGUCGGUCCUCUCGGCAGGAAAGAAUCAGAACAGUGGGCUGGAUGGCAGUGAGAGACCUGUGGUCACCUUCAAAGAGAACAUCAAACCUCGAGAGCAGAGUAGAGAACCGAUCCAGAACCAGAGGGAUGCAGGGAAGGACAGAGCUGGAUUUAAUAAAGGAAAUGGAAUACAAGGGAAGAACGAGCAGAAGAAAGAGGGCAAGAGAAAGAGCGAGGUGAAGAAAAACAGUCAUGAUAAAACAACAGAGUUUGGGAAACAGGUGAAGACUCAGACUGAGAUGAGGAAGACUCCAGUGUCUGAAGCGAGGAAGACUCCAGUCACACAGACUCAAACAACAUGCUCUUCACAGUUUAUCCCCAUCCAUCACCCAGGAGCUUUCCCCCCUCUGCCCAGCAGACCAGGUUUCCCCCCACCAGCAUAUGUGAUCCCUCCUCCUGUGGCAUUCUCCCUGAGCCCAGGUUUUACCUUCCCAACAGGUGUAUCCGUACCUGCACCGUUCCUCCAGACUGCUUCCCACCCUCAAUCUGCCAAUCCGGUCCAGACGGGGAAACCCUCACACAUUCCCUACAGCCAGCAGAGACCCUCGGGUCCUGGAGCCCUAAACCAAGGCCCUCCACAGCCUUCCCCUACACAGCAGGCCUUGCAACAAUCUGUACAGCUUCAAGUACAACAACAACAGCAGCAGCAGCAGUCGCCCACAAAGCAGAGCUCCCAGCUUGGAAAAAGUCCACCACAUCAUCACAGCAUGCAACAGUCUUACAUGCAGGUGCCUGAACAGCCUGGUCAAAUGUGGAACCAGCACCAAACUCAGCCCACCAUGCAGAAGAUGCCCAUGCAGAUGCCAGUCAAACAGCCUUUCUUCAUGCCCACCCAGGACCCAAUGAAACUCUUUGAUCACCCCAUGAGCAUGCAGCCUCCUCAGCCCAGCAUGGACAAGAAGAUGAAGUUUCCGGAGGUCAAAAUGCAAGAUUUCUACUGGGAGCCUUCUUACCACAUGGGAGGAGAGGGCAGGAGCGGAAUGGGGGACAGGAUGAGCAAACGUCAGCCUGGAGUCUUCUGCCCUGACCAGGAGAACAUGCCCAGAGGCCCUCCAUACGAAGACAACAAGAGCUCCCCUCUUCUGCCCCCAGACCUGUUAAAGACUCUGGUGGACUUUGAGGAGGAGGAGGAGCUGCUCUUUACUAAACCUCAUGAUUUCUACCAGGCCUUGGCUGGCCCUCUUAAUUCUGCUCCUGGAAGGAACAUGUUUCUGCCAAAUCAGUCCCGACUAGACAGUGGAGCUGAUGUGAUUGGUCAAUCCUCUCUUCUCCCCCGAUUUUCCAUUCAGGAGAACUCCUACCAGAACAGCAUUUUUAGCGAAGCCUAUGGUAAAAAUAUGACUCCUGUGUCUAAGCCGGACAUACCCAUGAUGCACCAGGAGCCUUCACUCUACUCCCUGUUUGAAGGAAAUCCAUGGUCCCCUUCCAUUCCUGCUAGCUCAGAUCAUUCUACACCAGCCAGUCAGUCCCCUCACUCUUCCAACCCAAGCAGCCUGCCUUCAUCCCCACCCACCCACAGCCAUGGCUCUCUGCCCUUUUCCAACUUCGGCCCCAUUGGGACGCCUGACAGCAGAGAUCGCCGUGGUACCGAUCGCUGGAAGGCUGAGAAGACUGGUGUGAGCGGCUUUGGGUUGGACUACCUGCCUUCUGCCUCAUCCUCCUCUGUGACAGAUACCAACAGCUGGCACCAGGGGGCGCAAACCAGCAGCUGGGCUGCCCAGGACAUGCCAAUGGAGGACUCCUCCACUGUCCUCCUUGACAGUUUCAAGUCAAUCUGGUCGAGCUCUAUGAUGCAGCCCGGUCCUUCUGCUCUGGAGCAGCUCCUGAUGCAGCAGAAACAAAAGCAGCAGCGCGGCCAUGGCAACAUGAACCCGCCACACUGAGAGUCCACAGGAAGACACACUUGUGUGAAACAUGAUUCAACAAAAAAGGUGAAACACCACAAGCUCCAAUCGGAAAUUUCCGGCAUUACCUGCGCGCAGAAGCUGGAGACGGCAAACGAUGUGAAGCGACAGGCUCAAAACGAACCGCUCGCCUGACCAACGAGGGACGUGCAGCCCUCUCCUCUAUCUCUCUCACUCACUCUGUCUCUCUCCCUGUGAGGGCGUGCAAGCACCUGACCCGUCACGCUGCUCCGCACGUAGCCGCUGCAGAACACUGACUCUGAGGGGGACAAACUCUGUCACUAAUUCUGAUUGCAACACCUCUCUUCCUCUGGGGGGGGGGGUCAAAGGUCAUUCUCCUGUCUCAUCUGGACUUAAGACUCUGGACUAGACACCCCCAUGCCCCCUGCUUAAAUCUCUCUGUGUGACCGGCUCGCCAUACGUAAAGGAGUUGGGUGUGUGCGUGUCAGAAAGGGAUGUUUAUUGACGGCAGACGUGGUAUUACGAGGGACAAAAAAAGAAAGAAGGACUGGUUUUGUGUUUUUAUUCCAAGUCUGGAUUCAUUUUCUCAGAGGGAUUCCUAUCGCUGUGUUCAGAAUAAAAAAUAAAUAAAUAAAAAAAUGAAUGAAGGAUGAUGCGAACGGCAUGAAAGUGCACUUCUAGAGAAUGUGCUCGGAUAUUAGAUUGACACAGGCAUGGAUCAUGGUGUUGUCAUGUAGAGUCUGUUGUUUUGUAAGAAGAGUUCGCAGAACGGGACAGGGAACGUCUCUAAAGUUCGAACCAUUAUGAAGCUCAUAGCGACAUUAUAGCUCGAUCAGUAUCAAGCGGAGUUGGGGGUUAGACUAUAGAUGUAGGAUGUAGUAUCAUUAGCUGCAAUAGAGACUGCAUUUAUUAACAAUACUGUAUUUUGUGACUUGUUCUGUAGCAGUUUUAGCUCUCUGAAAUAUUAUUCAGUAAAUAUGUUCAAUAGUUUACUGCUAACAGGGGAGUUCAUUCGAUAUAAAUGUGUGCCUCCCCUUUUCCCUCCUCUCCUCAUUACUUUAUUCUCUAGCUUAAACGCAUAACGGCUUCUUUUGUUCUUGUUCUGCCUUUUUAUUAAUAGUUUUAAGCCUUUAUCAGCUCUCUUUGUGCCUGGUCCGUGUUUUCUCUCUUCCUUUUUUUGUUCUUUCUCUAUUUUUGUUUUAAGGAAUCAUUAGCAUCGAAAUCACAGUUGGCACUGUAGGGGUGAGGAGAACGGGUCUAGCUGUGACACUUGUUAGCUCGGCAGAAAGGGAUGUGAACCGGGGAAGCUCAAUUACCCACAGCCACUGUACUCGGUUUAAAAACCACAGAACAUACCUCCGAAAAGACCCUCAGCUCCCGUUACACUUAGCACUAAAAAGUCGUCUCUGAGGAAGAGCUUCAAGCCCGAUUACUGCUUCAUUAUGAAAUCUUGUUACGUAUAUGAUCGGUUGCCUCAGGUUAGCGUCACAUGGCCAUGUUUCUCAAGCUAGAAAAGGGACAGGUCAUUAUAGACGCCCUGUUUGCAGCCUGUAUGUUUUUUUUCUUCGAAGUAAAAAUCAAAUAUUGUUUUGAAAACAUAACUGUUCUCUUUUUAGUAGAGGAUAUAGCACUGAGUAGGCCUUUGAGACCUUGUAUGGGUGCCACUGUUUGGUAGAGAUGUUCUGGGGCCAGGGGUUUGUGUUGGAAAAUGCUGAAAUAUCUAUAAAGCAUUCACAGUGGUCAUUUCUUCCUGGUUAAGUAAGAUGUUUUUGUUCGGCGAAGGUUAUAUGAAAGACAUACUCUCGUAUGAUGAGAAUAAAGCGUGUUUUUAUUUUUGAGUAGAGAACAUUUUAUUAAAGACGAACUUUAAAUGAUGUGUCUAUUUGCUGUGUGAUUGUGCUUCUCUUGUCGCAUUUAAAAUUGUAU